CCGCUCAUCAGUCAGCACCAGUACCACUCAUCAGUCAGCGCCAGCACCUCUCAUAAGUCAGCGCCAGCACCGCUCAUCAGUCAGCACCAGUACCACUCAUCAGUCAGCACCAGCACCUCUCAUCAGUCAGCGCCAGCACCACUCAUCAGUCAGCGCCAGCAUCGCUCAUCAGUCAGUACCAGCACCUCUCAUCAGUCAACGUCAGCACCGCUCAUCAGUCAGCAUCAGCACCUCUCAUCAUUCAGCGCCAGCACCUCUCUUUUCAGUCAGCGCCAGCAUCACUCACCAGUCAGUGCCAGCACUGCUCAUCAUUCAGCGCCAGCACCUCUCAUCAGUCAGCACCAGCACCUCUCAACAGUCAGCACCAGCAUCUCUCAUCAGUCAGCACCACCUCUGUUCAUCCGUCAGCACCAGCACCGCUCAUCAGUCAGCGCUAGCACUACUCAGAAAGGCACUGUCUCCAUCCAAGUGGAUCCCUCACUGAUUCCUGCAGAGUCUGCAAUCGGAAUUUACGUGGCAGAAGAAUUCUGUUGAAAGCCAUAGGACUCUGCUGCAACGGAAUUCUGAGUGGAAUUUUUCUGCCAUAUUCCGCCAUGUGAAUGAGGCCUAAGGGGAAAACUGCAAGUACAGAACGAGAGCGCUCACUAUGGAGUACUAACAGGUGUGAGUGCAGGUGAGCAAAACAUUCCACACCCCCAUGGAGCCCAUGUGACAGCAAUGAGGAAGUGAGAUACAGUACAAGGAACUGCAAGGCGAGACAGCCUGAGAGUGAGCAACCAAAGGAGAGACUGCAGUAUGAGAGGCGAACAAGAGACAGCCAAAGAGAGAGCAACCACAUGAGAGACUGCAGUACGAGACGAGAACCUGAGGUGAACAAGAGACAGCCUGAGUGAGCAACCAAAGGAGAGACUGCAGUACAAGAGAGCAACCACAGAAAGACUGCAGGAAGAGACCAACCAUAGAGAGACUGCAGGACGAGAGAACAACCACAGAGAGACUGCAGGACGAGAGAACAACCACAGGAGAGACUGCAGGACGAGAGAACAACCACAGGAGAACAAGAGAAAGCCAGAGAGAGAGAGAGCAACCAUAGAGACACUGCAGGACGAGAGAACAACCACAGGAGAGACUGUAGGACGAGAGAGCAGACAUCAGACACAGGUGCUUCAAUGAAGCUGGAAACCAGUUCCAGACUCGCUUGUUGUACCCCAGAGAAGGAAGGCUAUCUGCUGAAGAAGGGGGGUCGCCAUGCAUCUUACAAUCGCCGCUGGUUUAUGCUGUGUGGAAACUUAUUAUUGUACUGGGAAAAGCAAGGAGACCCCCAACCUCUUGGUCUCAUAUUGCUGGAGGGAAGCACAGUCACCCUGAGGAACUCCAAGCUGGAAUUUGCCUUCUCCCUCUGUUCUGUUGCUCGUGUUUACAAAAUGGCAGCCGAGAGCCAACGGGAACUGGAGCUGUGGGUCCGGGCGCUGCUCAGCGCUAACCUGGGCUAUACCAAGGCUCUUCUGGGCGAGCUGCGCAGCCAGUACCUGAGCUUCACCAAAGGGCAGACAGAAUCGAGAAGCCAAACAGAUGAGGCCUUUGAGGAGCUUCAGUGGGGAGCGGAGUUUGGAGUCCUGCACCAAUAUCUGGGGGUGGAGGUCGCCCGUCUGCGAGACACGGACCUUAUAGACCUGUCCUGAAAACCUUCCUGUACCCUAAAUAAUUCACAAAUAAAGAUAGUGUACAACA